GUUGAGUGUGUCUGUGUGUUGUGUGCGUGUGUUGAGUGUGUGUGUGUGUGUGUGUGUGUGUAGGUGUGUGAUGUCAGCAGUCCUUCAGGUUGCUCUGGAGAACUUCAUUGUAUCUUCAGGUGUCUAAAGUCGCAGAUUUCUUCAAGACCAGGACAUCUUUAGCUCGUAUCAGACGUUACUCUGAUGUGAUGGCUCUAUCAGACUCAUUUAUACAGAAGCAGCUUUUGGACGCAUCAAUGGCCGACACCUUCCUGGAGCAUUUGUGUCUACUGGACAUCGAUCAGGAGCCAAUCACAGCUCGCAACACCAGCAUCAUCUGUACCAUCGGCCCCGCCUCCAGAUCAGUCACAAAACUGCAGGAGAUGGUCAGGGCUGGAAUGAACAUCGCCCGGCUGAACUUCUCUCAUGGUUCUCAUGAAUAUCAUGGAGAGACGAUCCGUAACAUCCGUGAGGCUGUGGAGACGUUGACCUCUGACCCACUGUACUACAGGCCGGUGGCCAUCGCCCUGGACACUAAAGGUCCAGAGAUUCGCACAGGACUUGUUCAAGGGCGUGCAGAUGCUGAGGUCACACUGGAGCGGGGGGCUUCAGUCCGGAUUGUAACGGAAGAUUGUGAGCGCGAUAAGACGGACGGAUCGGUUAUAUGGAUGGAUUACAGCAGCCUGCCCCAGGUGUUGAAGCGAGGAAGCAGAAUAUAUAUUGAUGAUGGUCUGCUCGCUCUCAAAGUCCUGGAGAUAGGGGACACAUGGGUAGAGACUCGUGUUGAGAACGGGGGAAUUCUGGGUAGUCGUAAGGGUGUCAAUCUGCCUGGGUGUGAGCUGGUGAACCUGCCCGCCGUCAGCGAUCGAGAUCGUUCCGAUCUGCUGUUCGGUGUGGAACAGGGCGUCGAUAUCGUCUUCGCCUCCUUCAUUCGUUCGGCAGAGGACGUGCGGGCCGUGAGGCAGGCGUUGGGACCCAAAGGCAAAAAUAUUCAAGUCAUCAGCAAAGUGGAGAGUAGACAAGGUGUACAGAACUUCGAUGAGAUUUUGAAGGAGAGCGAUGGCGUUAUGGUCGCCCGAGGUGACCUGGGCAUUGAGAUUCCUGCAGAGAAAGUCUUCAUUGCGCAGAAGAUGAUGAUCGGACGCUGUAACUCAGCAGGAAAACCGGUCAUCUGUGCUACACAGAUGUUGGAGAGUAUGAUGCAUCACCCGCGUCCCACCCGUGCAGAAAGCAGCGACGUUGCUAAUGCUGUGUUGGAUGGAGCAGAUUGUGUGAUGCUGUCUGGAGAAACAGCUAAAGGACUCUUCCCUGUCAAAGCCGUUGCCAUGAUGCACUCGAUCUGUCGUGAGGCGGAGGCUGCCAUCUUUCACCAGCAGCUGUUUGAAGAACUGCGACGUUUGACUCCUCUGAGCUCUGACCCAACAGAGGUGACGGCCAUCGGAGCCGUAGAGUCCUCCUUUAAAUGCUGCGCGGGAGCCAUCAUUGUCAUUACCACAUCCGGCAGAUCAGCUCAUUUGUUAUCUCGAUAUCGUCCUCGCUGCCCCAUCAUCGCCGUCACUCGCAAUGCUCAGGUUGCCCGCCAGUCACAGCUUCUCCGUGGUGUUUUCCCCGCCCUUUUCUCAGCUCCGCCCACUGAAGUCUGGGCCGAUGACGUAGACAACCGAGUGACGUUUGCUAUGGACAUCGGUAAAGCUCGGGCCUUCUUUAAACCCGGUGAUUUGGUCAUAGUGGUGACCGGAUGGAGUCCUGGGUCAGGGCACACCAACAUCAUGAGGGCGGUUACAGUGCCCUGAAUCGCUGCUUCUGAUUGGUCAAAGUGUCUUACUGACAGUCCCAGUGGUUGUCAAUCCUGGUCCUGGAGUCCCGCAUGUGUCCUGCACAUUUUUCUCUUAUCUCUGCUAAUGAUUUAAAUCAGCUGUGUUAAAUAAGGAUUGAGAAGCACUGACAUAGACGACUUAAUUGAUCUGUGUGUGAUCCGCUAAUGAAUCCACAGCUGAGUUUAGCUUCAGGAAUACUGUGAGUAUCUCUGAGACGUACGUGAGAAGAACGCUUACAUGCUGAUUCUGUGUCAGUGUUGACUUCCGUCCAUCACAUCUGAUCCUUUCAAUAAAAUGAAAUCCGUCACAA